CUUUUUGUCGACCUCUUCGACGUGCUUUCGGUGCCUGCAUAUCUUCAUAGCGAGCACAUGACAUGUGUUUGAUCAACAGUUCCUGACGCCAUCCUGCCCCUCGACGUCGGUGUGCCCAUCCCGCGGAUUUUCCCGUUGCUUGUCGGGCGGCUCCCGUGGGACAGGGAACGGGGAAAUCCUUCCCACCCGCGAAGCUUCUUUAAACUUCAAAUACCCCUGAAUAAAACCGCCAAGGCACUACACAUUCAUCAUGGAGCCGGUAACUGGCCUACUGUUCCGCUACCGAGAUUGGCAGCGGCUCAACCACCCCCACAGGGCUGAUGAUCAAAAGCCAGGCCAACAAAUUCUCAUCGCGUCGAAUGUUUUUCGUCUUUUUCACGCAAACAUCUAGAUGGAAAAGACCAGAACGAUGGCGCCACACCGACUGACCAGCGCUCUCCUGACAUCAUUGUUGGCCACAAUCCUGACCGCCGGGACAACGGACGCUGCCCUUCUCGACGUUCCUUCACCAAAGAACUAUGUCAGACGGACCCUCGCCCGCGCUACCGUACUAAAUAAUCACGUUUACAUUGAAGGCGGCCAAAUCACUCAGUUCGAGGAUGGCUUCAGCUCCAUUCGCGGCCGAGUGGAGAACCAGGUCAACUCCACCCUCUCAAUUCCCCUGAACAAAUCGUGGAAGUCUGAAUCAGUCACCAUCAAAGCAACCCCGAAACCUUUUGAAAGUCUGGCUAGAAACAGAUGGUACUUGUGGACCGAUACAAAGAAUGGGGCAUUCUAUGCUUGGGGUGGCUACUGGCCGUUUGGGCUCGAGAUGGUGACGGAUGAAGUCUACAAGUUCACCGCUGACAGCCGAGGAGGAGGUGAAUGGGGCGUGGAAACGCUUCCUAAUGGGGUGCGCUUGGAUCAAAUCAGCCCGGGCGAAGCUGGGGCUGUCACCAGUACCGGCACAAUGGGAAUCGUCAUUGGCGGACAAGCCACUCCUUGGACGCAGUUGGGAAGAGAUAACACUCGCCAGCUGUCUGGGAUGAUAACUUUCGACUUUGAAAGCAAGGCGCUCAUGAAUGGUACUCAAAAGUUCAGUCCAUUUGGGGACAUGCCAGUUGUCGGAGCGUCUGCCGAGUUUAUUUCUGGGGUUGGGGAGAAUGGGAUUGUCGUAGUCAUGGGAGGACACGUGGGACGAACUGACAAGGAGGUACCACUUGGGGAGAUGGACUUUUUCGACAUGAGAAAUGUCACAUUUUUCGAUCCCGUGACGAAAGAAACCUGGUCGCAAGUUACCACUGGAAAUAUUCCUCCUUCACCGAGAAUCGGAUUUUGCACAGCAGCAUUCAGCAGCAAGGAAGGGGGCCACGAGAUUUUCAUCUUUGGUGGCUCAAAUGAGCGGGACUACUUGGUGUACGAAGACGCUUACGUUCUCAGCCUGCCCGGAUUUGUCUGGACAAAACUCCCAACACCACCAGGCGGCCGGAGAGCUUACCACACAUGCGUCGCCGUCGGCAACCGACAAGUCUUGAGCGUCGGCGGUCGUGGCAGAGAGGAUGAAAUACGGAUCCGAGAUGCGAUCCCUCAGGGGCUCCUUCUGUUCGAUAUGACAGCGACCGAAUGGAAGCUGGAAUACGAUUCCAACGCCGCCGCCUAUGAAUCAGCAAGCGCCAUCAAGGACUGGUAUGAGAAGCGAACUUCUUCUGAUGUUCGAUGGUCUUCCGAAGGCGUCAAGCAGCUCUUUGCAACAUCUGCCGAGGCCUUAUUCACCAGUGGAGACUCGCCAGACUCCCAGUCAGAUUCAAAUACAGAUUCCCCUUUGGGCCCAACAACAACCACGAUGCCAGAUAUAUCAGCACCAGCCGGCUUGAGUACGGGAGCAAUGGUGGGAAUAAUACUAGCGGCUGUGAUCUGUCUGGCCGCCAUCAUUGGUGGUUGGCUUUUCUGGCGUCGACGACGAGCUGGUAGACACGACGCGCUCACUGAAACAGAUGACCUGGGCGAGCUGGGAGUGGACGGGGCUGUUGAUCGCAAGGAGCUGGCCUCGGAGUCACAUGUGCGAGAGAUGCCCUCAGAUGCCCAGGUUGAGGAGCUGCCUACCAAAUUUCAGGACACAAAGGUACCUGUUGCCCAUUAUCACGAGGUCGAUGGGGGCCAUGAUUAUGUGGAGCUGCCAACCUACCACCGGCCAAGGCCCAGGGCAUCGCAAAACACGCUGCCGCCGGUUGAGUUGGAUGCGGGCUAUACAGGGAGGGAGCUGAUGUAAUAGAGCAGAUGAGCGAGGUCAUUGUACAUAUUGUUUUGAUGAAUAAACCCGGUUGCUUCGAGACUCAGGGGACACCGAGAACGAAGUGAUAUCACAGCAAUCCGGA